UUUAUCCUACUAGCCUAGAGAACGUCAACGACGGUGAACCUGAGGGCAAGAAGCCAGUUGCGCACGUUGAGCAGCAUAGCCAACCCAAGAAUACUUUCGUUUACCGCCUAGCCUACUCUGGAUGGUGAAUACUUAUACGGUCUAUGCGAAGAACUCUUUGUUAAAUUAUUAUGAUGUCAAAUCAUGGAGACUUUCAACGUCAGUUUACAACUGUUGUGGAGAAGCUACUGCGUAACGUUGUUUUUGAGACGAUGCAACUCUUCGAGAAUUCAGUCCAGGAACUAAAAGUAGAAAUAGUUCGAAUCCGGAAAGAGAACGGUAACUUAAAUGAUAAGCUUAAUUUAUUUGAAAAGUCACGACCAUGUACGGACUCAGGAAAUAACUACAUCCCCAUUCCAAAAGACAAUUCUCACAAACGUGACAUCGGUGUGCAGUGUGUCAGGCCAACCGUGGUGGAGAGAUCCUGCAGCCCGUGUCCUCAACGUGAAGAUGAUGAUAGGAGCACAUUUCAAAACCUGUGCCCAAGUCUCUCAGAGGAGGAAAACCGCCAGUUGGCACUGGUCCUUGUCAAGCAAGAGGAGUUUGACUUAGAUGACAACAGCACUGGAUAUUUUUUGCUAAAGCAAGAAGAUGGAGAGGCAAAGCUUAUCCGGAGGCAACACAUAAAGGACAUUCCACCAGAAGUGUUUCUCUCCUCUGGGCUUCGUAGAAAGACGACAGAGGAAAGCCUUUCUGGAAAAGCUACUUCAGAAUCUACUUCAUCAGGUGUAAGAGUGGAAACAGAAAAGCACAGGAUAAGCACUUCUGAGGUUCAAACUAGAAGCAAUCAAGGAGUUAAUCAGGGAAAAAUAUUACAAGAAAACGCUAAAUUACCUGCUCCAACAUCUAACACAAAGAUGCAAGCUCUCUGCACAUCUGCUACGACGCGUAUUGCUGCCCAACUCCCCCAACCUCGUGAACUUCCCAAGGGCAGUAUAGUGCAGUCUCAGGCUCUAAUUCCAACGCCGCUGUCUAUGUGCACACAAAGUAAGGUGCUGACUCAGACCUCCCAGGUUAGGAUACAGUCAGCUCCACAGCCUGUCUCUAAAGCUCCCACUCUCCCUUCUCUGCGAUCCCUUAAAUCGGCUCCACCUGCUCAGGUCCCUCUUCUCCCUGCUCAAAUUCCAGGGUUACUACCAGGGUUGCUCUCAAAUCAAGGGGCUAAUAUUACAAAUCCUCCAGCACAGUCUCAUCACUCGCUUGUCGGUCACUCUGUCUCGCAAGGCCAAGUACAAUGUAAGCCAACUCAGGUGCCAGUAUCACAGCAACAAGCUCACCCAUUUCAGUUUUUGCCCCAAAUGACACCGUUCCCUAAUUCACAACCAAACAUUGUUGCUUCAGCAGGCCAGGGCUUGUUUCCAGCAGGUAUGAGCCCAUUCCAGUCAUCAAUGAUGCACCUUGGUCCACCAACCGUAACUUCUGCUCCAUGCCAGGUUCCAUCUAACAUACCUUCACUUCCAUUAGAUCAAAAUUCUUCCACCUGCCAAAUGGGCUCAAAUAUGCCACUUGUUGCUUUACUCCAGAAUUCAACUUCAGCUCCAAUACCAGCAACUAGAUCCUCUUUCCCAUCACACCAACUUCUAACUUCACCUCCAUCCCAGUCUUUUCAGUCAGCACAUGAAACCUCUCAAGUCCCAUUGUCCUAUCCAUUAGAGAGUCUCUAUGCUUCCCUGGACCCAAUGUAUGACCUGGAAGAACCUACCUUGACAACAUUGCACCCACCUUCCAUGUUUGACCAGACCAGUAUGAUGUCGGAGCAUUUGUCCUCUGUGAGUUCCCAGCAACGUGCACCACUAGCCCAACCAGGCAUUGCCCUUCAGACACCCUGCAUGGCUUCUGACCAGUUCUCUUCAGGCCACUCAAGAUCCAUCUCACUGUCAGGACAGCCUCACUCGAUGUCAAAUGUGAAUUUAAACAGACAGUACAGGAACUUGCCCGCAUGUUCAAGUCUCCUUAGUGUCUCAGGCUCAGCACACCAAAGUGAUGGAACUUCCACCAAUAUCAAAAAUGAUGACACAAAAGAAGGACAAGGGCACAGCGAUUCUGUCCUUUUGAGACUACGAUCACAUGUCAAGACUUGUCAAGAAUCCAACCGGGCUAACACAAGACAAUUGGAGUCAGAGAGCCAUAGCCUGGAUGUUUCAGAAGAAUCCAAACCCAAAUUGAACCUGCAGGAGCUCUCAAGUGAUGGGCCCAUAUAUCAGAGAGAAGAAGACAUGGCCAUUCAAAAUGACACAACUUUUCAAAACAAUGACUCAGUAAAGGAUGACCAGGAGAUCGAUCAGAAAAGUUUGGGCAAGUCUCAAGGACGCAAGAACCAGUGUGAGGUCUGUGGCCGGGUCCUCAGCAACGCCUCAGCGCUAGAGAACCACGCAAGGCUCCACACGGGGGAACGUCCGUUCUCGUGCGACAAAUGUGGCAAAGCGUUCCCUAGCGUGAGGGGCCUGAACCGGCACGUCCAGAUCCACGCCGACGAGAAGCAGCACCAGUGCCCCGAGUGCGGCAAAAGCUUUGUUUACCACUUCACUCUGACCAAGCACCAGCUCAUCCACACGGGCGAGAAGCCCUUCCCUUGCAAGGUCUGCGGCAAGCGCUUCUUGGCCAAGGCUGACCGCGCCACUCACAUGCGCAUGCACACGGGGGAGAAGCCCUACAGCUGCGCGCAGUGCGGCAAGAAGUUCAAACACCGAAUGGCGCUGAAUAUGCAUAUGCAGGGGCACAGAGGAGAGAAGCGGUACAGCUGCCCGACCUGUGGCAAAGGAUUCGUGGACCUUGGCAAUUUCAAGAGGCACAAGCGCAUUCAUACCGGGGAGAAGCCGUACGAAUGCAAAGUCUGUGGCAAGAGGUUCACUCAGUCGGCACACCUCAAGAAACACCUCAACACACAGCACGUCGCAGAUCAGUAGCCUUUGCAGUGUGCACAGGCGGUGGCUUUUGUUUACACUGGAAGUUUGAACUUAGAUCAGUCUGUUAAGUAAGGGAUUGCUAACUGAUGUAUGAAAUUUAAUGUGAUGUGCAGUCAUUGUCUGUGUUGUCAAACAAUGCACUCUUAAAAGAAAUGUGUUGAAAAUAACACAACUUGUGUCUUUUUUAACACAUCUUUGUGUCCAGAUAGUUUUCCUUUUUUAUUAUUUGUUACACAAAAUGUGUUGAAAAUAACACAACUUGCAUUGAAAACAACUCAACUAGCAUUGGUUUUUAACACAUCUCUGUGUUCAGAUAGGGGCAACGCAUUCGAUUUUAAGAGUGUACUAUUUUUGAGAGAUUUCCGAGUUAAUUUUUGAUGACAGAAUUGCGAAAGGCAUUUGCAAUAACUUGUGUUGCUAUAUGAAAUAUGAAAGCUUGCUCAUUUUGAGAUUGCUGCUUGUGUUACUUGAAAAAUAAACAUUGAAGACCUCUGUA